CUUUUAUUCAACAUUUCUGUGGUGUGAAGUAAUAAAAUAGUGUAGCAUCUUCACCGCGUCAAGGUGGCCACACAUGGUUGUGAUCUCCCAACCCUUUUCGACGUAUAUCUCUGUUCUAAUGAACUUUAGAAAACUUGUUCGCAGAUAUGCAUAUGUUGCCACCUCGAAACCCACCCACCAUAUUUGACCCUGCUAAAAAUGCAUGCUUUUAAUUCCUUCCUCACUCUCCAUACAUAUAUAUCGCGUGUCUCGUUAAGGGAAAGGAAUGAGAUCCUUUUAACCACUUAAAAACAUCGGCAAAGCUAACUGAUAAUGUUUUUGUUUCUGGGAAACAGUUACUAGGUGCAGCGGUGGUUGCAGUGUUUAAGGUUGUAUUUUGUUUUGUUUUUUUGUCUGGUUAAAUGGAGAGUGAGGGUAGUUUCAGGAAUGGCAGUUCAUCCAUUUGGAGGGACAGUGAUGCGGAUAUCUUCUCAAACUCAUUCCACAAAGAGGAUGAUGAAGAAGCUCUCAAAUGGGCUGCCAUUCAGAAACUUCCCACCAUUUCCCGUAUGAGGAAAGCUUUGCUCACUUCAUCCGAAGGGAGAGUGGAUGAGAUUGAUGUGCACAAACUUGGGUUGCAAGAAAGGAGAGUCUUGCUUGAAAGACUGGUGAGAACUGCUGAAGAGGAUAAUGAGAAGUUUUUGCUAAAGCUAAGGGAACGUAUUGAUAAAGUUGGAAUUGAUCUUCCUGCUAUAGAGGUUCGGUUUGAGAACUUGAAUGUCCAAGCAGAAGCUCGUGUAGGAAAUAGAGCUUUGCCUACCUUCACUAACUUCAUGGUUAAUAUUAUGGAGGGUCUGUUGAACUCUCUUUGUAUUCUACGAAGUAGCAAACAACAUAUACGUAUUCUCCAGGAUGUUAGUGGAAUAAUAAAGCCUGGCAGAAUGACAUUACUUUUGGGCCCUCCAAGUUCCGGAAAAACCACACUAUUGUUGGCCUUGGCAGCAAGACUUGAUCCAAAGUUAAAGUUUUCUGGAAAGGUGACUUAUAACGGUCAUGGGAUGGAUGAGUUUGUACCCCAAAGAACU